AUGCCCCCGGGCGCCGAGGUCGCCGUGACCCCCGCGGGCGAGGGCGCCGUGGCCAUCGGUGCCCACACCGACCUGGGGGACGGCGGCGACCUGCCGGCCUUCCGGGUGGGCAUGGUCCGCAGCCCGUGCGACUACCUGCUGAGCGUCUGGUCCUACCAGCGGGUCCCAGUCCAGCAGCGGGCCAGGCAUCAGCGUGGGAUCGGAGGACCAAGGUGCGCGCACUCGGAGGACGUCUGCAGGUGCAUCGAGCUGCACCGGCCGGCGGGGUCCGCGGCGGAGGACUUCCUGCCGGCGUUUCGGCCUGGCAGAAGAGCCAUGGAGGGGCAGGCCCACCGCUUCGCGGAGGGCGAGCUGGAGUCUACCCUGGAGGAGGACCGCGAGCUCGUGUUCUGCUGA